GCGCCGAUCGCGCGACAAGCACCCACGGAAUCCCGACUCGAACUCGGCGCGAGUUCCGCGCGAAUCCCUUCAAUCGUUACAACCGGCGAGCGCUCGCGAACUUCCGGUCCGGACGCGCCCGGAACGCUGCUUCGAUCAGUAGCCUCGGCCGAUCGACCGAUCUCGAGCGAAAGUUCGCAGGAUCGCGGGAUAUCCGAAGGUCCCAAAGGAUUGUCGAGGCUUAGCCCUCUAAGGGCUCUAAGGGUGCUAACGGAGUGGUUCCGCUAACUUGUGAAAUUGGAACGGGGUCGCGCGAGUCAAUGAUUCCUCGCGAUCGGCGGUUCAACAUCCACUGGAACUGUCGUGCGCUUCCAACGGUCCUGUGAAGACGGGUUCGUUUCAGCAAAGCAGCGGCGAGUUCGCAACGCGAUCGCGCUCGGGUGUGACUUUUGCUAAAACGAAGUACGAACACAGCGAUGGAUCAUGCUGAUUCUCGUAUGAACGCUUAGCAGCCUCCGACUACGAUGCACACGCGUGCUAACGGCGCGAGGAGGGUGCGGUAGAUCACGGGGAAGGAUAAAGGAAUGGAUUGUCGACGGUGCGAUUAUCGCAAUCUCGCGUGAUACGAUCUCGUCCUCGCGGGACUCGGACGCGCCGGGAGACGCAAAGAGGAGCGCGGAUAAGAAGUGACGGGGUUGGCGAGCCGAGACGAGCAAAAAAGGGAACGAGCGAGGAGAAAGAGAUAGGAACCGAGAGCCCUGAGCUAAUCGCGAGCGAAAUUAAUUAAACGUGACGAUCAACGGUUGAAACGUGAUUCCCGCAGAAGGGACGGGGGAUCGAGGUCGAGAGCGAAGAUCGGCAACGCCAGCGACGUCAGCGGAACUAUCGUUAAGGAGGGUGGAAACACCGCGAGACGGAAGCGACGCGAUGAUAAGUGACGACGGAACGGCUGGCUAAUUAAUUGACGAUCAGCGGGGCGAGAUGAGCGUGUUUUUAGCGAGUCGCGCACGAUAAAUCGGCAGGACUGACCACGUGACCGCGAUCGACCUCUCGAUCGGACGAUUCUUGCGGUUCCCGUUCGCGCGACCACGCGACACAGGGGAUGAAGAUGAAUGACGUCAAGCCGGAGAGCUCCAGCACGUCGAUCCCGUCUGCGGGCGGAAAUAACAACAACAACAGCAACAGCAUCGGCAACGGCAACGGCAAAGCGUCUGCAGCUGUUGCGGCGGCGGCGGCGGCGGUCACCGCCAAUGGCGGCGAGGGAAUCAGCGCCGCCGUCGCCAAGGUGCUUCAGGGAUACGACUGGACCCUGGUACCUGUUGCUACCAAGGGCUCCGGCGACAAAAGGGCGGCCCACGUCAAGAGGCCCAUGAACGCGUUUAUGGUGUGGGCUCAAGCUGCAAGGCGAAAACUGGCCGAUCAGUAUCCCCAGCUUCACAACGCCGAGCUAUCAAAAACACUGGGGAAAUUAUGGCGACUUUUAUCCGACAAUGACAAGAAACCCUUUAUCGAGGAGGCCGAUCGUUUGCGCGUGAUUCACAAGCGCGAGCACCCCGACUACAAGUAUCAACCCCGACGUCGGAAACAGAACGGCUCCGCUUCCACCCGCGAGAGUUCGCCCGCGAGAAAUCAGAGCAACGUGACGUUCAGCGUUUCCAGAUCCUUGAAACAGGAGGACAUGAGUCCCAGGGGUGUUCAGGGACCCAAUUCACCGCAGAGCGGGGUGAGCUCCUCGCCACCUACGACCCCCGGUCAAGGCCUGUCCCCGCCGACACCCCCUACGACGCCCAGAGGACAGCACUAUGUUAAUCAGAGCAAUCAGCUUCUGCAAAACAACACCGUGUACUACCAGGAGUUAGUCAGUAACACGCCAUCGAGUGAAUCUCCGCAUCAGCAGCCGUCGGUCGACCUGCGAUACAUCGAGAUCGGUGACAGUCUGCCCGGCGAAGAGAACCAGCUGAAUGGCCUCGGCACUUUGGGCGGGCUCGAUCUGAAUCUUCCGGUGAAUUUUCAGGAGUGCGAGGUGGAGAGCAACGAGCUCGACCAAUUUCUAUCAUCGCAGACCGCGCCGAUACACCAAUAUCCACCCGUGCAAGUCACCACCGCUUCGCAGUGGUUACUCAACAGAUACGAGGAGGAGAUUGAGAGGCCCAUCAAGCGUCACUGUUCGGAGCAAGCGAUCGCCGAGGUGUCGUCAUGGGAGGACAGGACUCAGGAGAUGGUCAGGUAUCAUGAGUUGCAGCCUCCCCUUCCGCCGGUCCAGUACAUAUCCGCCCAUAAUACACACCACUCACACACGACCACGCAGAUGGUCCAUCCGCACGUCCCUACGCCUUACGCGCAAUAUGCGCAUCGCUACGUACCUGGCAUCGAGACGUGGCCGAAUUAUAUGUAACCAAAGCGAGGUAAAUAUGACUACAAUCCAUUUAUAUCUUGGGACGCUAAGAGGCGUGCUAAAGUAUCGUUGAAUAUUUUAUUUUCGUAUAAAUAAGCGAGCGAGAAAAGAUUUGCGCGUAAGCUACUACUCUCACUCGCUGAAAAAGAUGUUUCAGGAAUAAACUGAUAUUGGUUUCUUCUUUAUAAGAAACAUUGAUCCUAACUCGCGAGAUUUCGUUAUUGAUAUUUUCAUCUCAAAGAUAUUUAUUUUGCAAUUGUAGUUAAUGAAAGGAGAUAAUUAAUAUGUAUUAAUAUAUUGAAAUAAAGUUGUCGUUAAUCUAAGAUUGAUUCAGAUCCGAAGAUUCUUAUCCGAUCCUGCUAGUUUACUUCAAAAAACAAUAUAAUUUCAAGUGAUACAUAAAAGUUUUUAAUAAAACUUUCUUACAUCUUAAAAGAAGAAAUCCGUAUCAAGUACGAAAAAUUUGUUUCUGAAAUACUUUUUAGAUGUCUAUAGAACAUCUUGUAGAUAUUUCCACGGAUAAGAUUGUGUAUGAAACGUGUUCCGUAAGACAUUAUUUUACAUCUAGUUUUAUUAUCUAAUUGCGGAUGCAGAUUGUAUAAAUAAUUCUGAUUGAAAUAAACGAACGUCGGGUCUUUGCGGCCUUGCUGAAUACGGGGCCCGAGAGAUGCCAAAUAUACAUGCAAUUGACAAAUUAAUUGCAAUGAUGAGCUUUUUGCUGAUAGAGAUAUAUGCGAAUUUAAUCACGUUUGUAUGGAAAGUGCGUGACUAAUCGAGAACUUUCCAUGACGAAACUUAUCAUUAACACAGAUAUUGCAGAUAUUUCUUAAGAAACUUUCAAAUCAAGCAUCCCUUCUUCAAAAAGACAAUAAUUGCGUUAUUUGUAACGCCUGAAAGUAUUAUUAAUGACGAAAAAGCGAAAAGUGUCGAUAUAAAUAUAAAGUUUGUAAUCUUUUAAUUCUAGAUUUUCAAAAGUUAUUUUUACAAAAAUUCUCGCGAUGGCGCAAUGUUGAUAUCUUAUCGAUCCAAUUUUACGUAAACGAUAUUGCGACGAUUAGAUACGCAUGCUCGUGUUAUCCAUAUAUUAUCCUUGAACUACAACUUGAACAAAAACGAGUGAUCAUAAGUCAAAUAAGGAAGAGUUCGCGCAUUGUGCAGAGCACUUCGUGAAUGAUGGCUGCGAUUGACUUUUCAAAUUUGAUUGAUGUUUUAAAUGCUUCAGAAUACUUAAUCCUUUGUCUUCUCUCAAAUAAGCGAAGGAAAGAAAAUGUUUUGAAGCAUUUAGAGCAUCAAUUGGGCCAUAGCUGGUAUAACGUAGCCACAGCAUCUUCAAACGUACAUAGGCGAGCGAAAGAGUAUUGGUCCACGGGGUCUUAACGGUAAGAGCGGUCAUCCGGCGAGCGAGAGAUCUUGAUUCCCGUCCAGUUACCCGCGCAUUUUUCUCGCCUAUAUCCCUACAAUAAUAUUUGUGUAGUAUUACGAACAUCCCGUGAACGUUAACAGAAUUCGUCGUGAAUUCAUCUUUCCCUGCGUCUGUGACUAAAGAAAAAAAAAGAUACGGGAGAAAGAUGGGUGUACAAUGCGCACGACUGAUUGCGCUAAUCUAUUGUGGAGAUGUACUGUAGAAAUACUCAAGUCAGAGUCUUGGCGGAGUCAAUCAGCAACUUCUUUACUUUUCUGAUUUUCCAUUCAGUAAGAUGUCACUCCUCAUCUACCUUUUCUCUCGAUAUUUGUUCUUCGGCUUUCACGCUCCUGUCUGUCGUAUUGUCACUUUUACAUAUUGUCGCUUCCUUCGCUAUAAUUAUAUAUUCCGAAUUAAUUAUAUUGUCGCAACUAAUGUAUGAAUCAGACAAAGCAGGUUUUUAUUGUUCUUUAGCGGAAGAUCGCGGUAAAAUUAAUCCGUAUUAAUGACAAUUCUUUUCCUUAAAUCGAGAUAGAUACUCCUUGCUUUGUAGUUUACUUUGCAUUUUGCGCAUUUAUUCAGCGACGCAUCGUUGCGAUGCGAGAAGGUUGCGUUACGUACUUUUUACUCGACGCGAAAAUGGACGCGGAUUGGCCAUUCUCCGGCUUGAGUCUCUACUACGAGGCGCGGUCACGAUACUCACCAUGACAUCAUUCCAUGACAGCCGGCCAUUCCAAAGCGCAGAAUUUCAGGCCAAACAAACAGGCCGCUCGAUAUGUGUAUACGGUGCCCGAUGGCGCGUUCCAAAUGUAAUAAUAUAUAAGUAUAUAUAUAUGCAAGACGUGCGAAUGAUAUAAAUCGCCAAUCGAUUAAUUGGUUUACCGUACGUUCGCGCACGUCUCGUUCAAAUGAAUCGCUGAAUAAUUGUUCGGCGCAUUUUGUUCAACAUAGUAUUUCAAAAUUUUGAAAAUUCAAGUAGGCUAUUCACGCUGGAGACACCCUAUAUAUAUCGACGAUCGAUGAUAGCCUGAUAUCGAGCGUACAUAAUAUACAAAUGAGGUAAUAGCUCCACAUAUUAAAAUGUGUAGAUUGCGUAUAUACAUCAUGUAUUAUUAUAUAUUAACUUACCUAGUUACGCUGAGAGAGCCGUGCUUUUGUACUUAGAUAUUUAUUUACCGCUUUACACGAUGAUCAAAUAUAAUACGUAGAUCUAACGUUUCAGCGUAGUUCUGCACAUGUUGAGAGGCGAGCAUUAAACUGUAAUUUAUAAGAAUGCGAUGUACGCUAAUUUGUAGAAAUAAAGCAACAAGAGACUAAA